UUGUGUUUGUAGUACUCCCGGAAAGUCCUGAUGUCACGGGAGCGGCAAGGACAUCGCAAGGAGGAGUCGUGUUACAGUAAGGAUGGGCAGUGGCGCGCACGGCCGGAGCGCACGCUCCAGCCGCGAGGGAUCGUAGCCGGGAAGACAGGAGCCUGCCCCGCGCCGCUCGCCCAGCCUGCCGGGGAGGAGGCACGCUCCGCGCUGCUGCUCGCCACGCUGGAAACGUCUACACUGACCGUAGCAUGCCACGGCUCUGCUUGGCGUCCCAGCCCUGGGUGCGAGCAGAGGCUGAAGACGCCACGGUGGGCUUCCAGCUGACUGAUUAAUGAGAAAAAUAAUGUAUUUUGGUGGUACAUGCCAGAGUCCUGCUCUCCCAGCCCUGGUCCGGCCGCCAGCCCCUCCUUUGCAGCCAUCAUUGGAUAUUAAGCCCUUCCUUCCCUUUCCUCUUGACACUGCAGCGGCGGUCAAUCUGUUUCCCAAUUUUAAUGCGAUGGACCCUAUUCAGAAAGCUGUAAUAAACCAUACAUUCGGGGUUCCUCUUCCUCAUCGGAGAAAGCAAAUCAUCUCAUGCAACAUUUGCCAGUUGAGAUUUAAUUCAGAUAGCCAGGCUGCGGCCCACUACAAAGGCACGAAACAUGCCAAGAAGCUCAAAGCACUGGAAGCCAUGAAAAAUAAGCAGAAAUCUGUCACUGCCAAGGACAGCGCAAAGACUGCCUUCACCUCCAUCACUACCAAUACCAUGACCACCAGCUCUGACAAAACAGACAGUACCACAGGGACAACAGUGAUAUCAACGACAAAUGUGGAAAUGCGCAAGAGCAACGCCGUAACAACCGAGAUCUCUAAACCGGAAAAAAGCCCCACAGCGGUGGCAGCCACUGGCAACAGCUCAAGUCCCUCCACAGAGACCGAGGAAGAAAAGGCAAAGAGGCUACUUUACUGUUCGCUAUGCAAGGUGGCUGUGAACUCUGCCUCGCAGCUGGAGGCUCACAACAGCGGUACUAAGCACAAAACAAUGCUAGAAGCCCGCAAUGGAAGUGGGACUAUCAAGGCUUUUCCUCGGGCAGGAAUGAAGGGCAAAGGACCUGUUAAUAAGGGAAACACAGGCCUCCAAAACAAAACAUUUCACUGUGAAAUAUGUGAUGUGCAUGUCAACUCGGAAACACAACUCAAACAGCACAUUAGCAGCAGAAGGCACAAAGACAGAGCUGCCGGGAAGCCCCCCAAACCAAAAUACAGUCCCUACAACAAACUGCAGAAGGCAGCAAAUCCACUAGGGGUAAAAUUAGUAUUUUCAAAAGAAGCCUCAAAGCCACUGGCUCCCAGAAUUCUCCCGAACCCGCUGGCAGCGGCCGCAGCUGCAGCUGCCGUGGCCGUGAAUUCCCCCUUCAGUCUUCGAACUGCUCCAGCAGCCACCCUCUUCCCGACCUCUGCACUUCCGCCAGCCCUCCUGCGGCCAGCUCCUGGACCCAUUCGGACCACCCACACUCCUGUGCUCUUUGCUCCUUACUGAAUUCCCGAACAGGAGGUGUUGUACUGCAAUAAUUUUUAAGACAACAAAACGAAACUAAAAAUCAAACAAAAGAGAACUAUGCAGUGUUUAUUUAUAGUUUCCAGUGUACCUGAAGAGCCAGGACUUUUGAUAGUAAAAUGAAAAGAUUAUUUAAAAAAAAAAAAUAAAAGUGAGAGGGUGGGGUUGGGGGGAGGGGAGGGAAGGCGUGGCAUUUUCUCCAAAUUAAAAGUAUUCUUCUUGAACACUGUUUGUUUUAGAAGUUAUCUCCAGCACUGACUCAUAGUGGUAUCUAGAACUUCUGAAAUCUUUGUGACUGUGCUUUUUGGGCACCUAUUUCCCCUGCAUUGUCUUUCCUGCUUUCUAAAACAAGUAUACAUUGUCUAAGGGCAUUAACUGGUUCCAAUGUAUAUGUAAUAAUUUACUCUGUAGAUUAUAAUAAUAUAUAUAUAUAUAUAUAAAAGAAAAAGCAACAAAAACAAAAGCAACACUGUGAAUAGUAGUGCCCUUGCUGGUCCUCUGGCUAUGAUAGCAGUUCCUGGGUAUGUGUCCAGGCAAAAGUAGGUACAGUAGAUGUCUUGUCAAACAAUAGUGCUGUGUCUCAGUCUUUGCCUUUAGGUUUUAAGGAAUUGCAAAAAGGUAGAAUGAACUGCUAUUUCAUACCUAUAAUCAGUAAAAAAAAUAAUAAAACAACAACAACAACAAAAAAGCAAAUAUCAGAUGGUAUCCUGAAAGCGUACAUGGUCAACACCCCCUCCUUUAAGCUUAGAGGCGGAGAGGCAAUAAGAGAGACACUUCAUCACCAAAUACUAGACUCUCACUUGGAACAGGCAUUGCUGGCAAAAGCUAAGUGUUUGAAAUGGCAGUGUAUCAGAAAACUUAUCAUCCCAUGUGUUAUGGGCAAGUAGUAAGAAAUCAGUAUAACCUUUAUACUAAACGUGAGAAGCCAUCAGAACCUCAGUUGAUGCUGUAACGUGAGCACAGAUUCACAAAAGCCGAGAAAACUAGCCAUCUGCAAUAACCCUUUCUGUCAUUCUAGAGCCAUAGCAGAAGGCUUUGCUUUAAAUAGAAAUGUGUAAAGACAGACGUAAGCGUGAGCUUUGGUUGUGUUUAUUGCUAUCUUUUCCCUACUGACAUGACAUAAACACCUAACAUACUUUUAAAUACCAGUGCUGCCAAGAAAAAAUUAAUCUGAGUUCACUGCACACCAAUGAUAGGACAUCAACAAAGUAUAUUAGCAAAGUCCCCUAGACCAUCAUUUCUCUAGUGGCAUUGUGAGAUAAGAACUGUUUUUAUAUUCACCACAGAGCUGAAAGCAAUUGAUGUUUUAGCUUAAAACAAGAUUUAUCAGGGGAAUAUAUAUAUAUAAAUAUAUAUAAAUGUAUGUAUAUUGUAUAUAUGUUAGAAAGACUAAGAAAAUAACUUAUAAAAAGAAAAUCUAUAUGAGAUAAUUCUAUAACCACUCAGUGUUACAUGUUAUCAUUAAACUGGUAACAAAUGGCAUGAAAUAGCUGUGCCUUUAAUUUGCGAUAAAGGCAGUGUGCUUUUUCCCAUAGAAAGCUAGCUUGCCCCUGUGGAUAAGAUGGGGCUGGAUGCAGACAGAUUGCUGCAUUCAAGAAUAAUGACCUUUGACAAGAGAACAAGAACAAAACAUGUACACAUCAGCCUUCUGUGACUUAGGACUAAAAAUAAAAAAAAAAUUAUUUUUGAAAAGGUUUUAUAAAGACUAUUUAAAAAUAUGGGAAUGGAUGGAGUGUGGCCUUCCUGGAACUUCUUUUAUCUUAAUUGUAGUGACCUUCUGAGAGGAACAGAGAACUAAGGAGUUCCUGGAGAGAGAGGUGUUUAGCCCUUGUCAUUUAUAUUUAAAGAAUAUGCAUAGCGUGCUUGGUGCUGACUGUUAACUGUGGUCUUUUGAGGACGUUUCCAGUGUCUAGCUGUAGAACUUGUCUAUAAGUGUAUCUUUAAAGCAGUUGGCUAUAUAUAUACCUGUUACUUAACAAAUAACCAAAACAACAUUUUAAAAGAGGAAAGAAAAAGAAAGAUUGUAAAGAAAACCAUGGAAAGUAGACGGAAAGCAAGAAUAUGAAAAUAUAAUUCUAUCAGUCUUUGGUACAAAGAUCUUUUAGACAUAUCUGCCAUUGAACAUAGUGAUUUCUCAUUUACAGUCUUUUCAAGCACGGCCUUCUGUUCUAGGAAGCAUUUCUGUCAUUUAUUUCUUUUUUGCCUACGGAUGGGGCUAGUUCAGCCAGGUGGACUUAGUUACCCAGAGUUUGUUACUAUGUGACCAGCAGCUUCUAAUUGUGUUGGGUUUAGUUUCUUAUUUGGUUGUUCACUGAACUCACUGCAUCUCAGGCCCUUCACCUGACAUGGCCGCUGUGCUCACUACCGAUGCAAUUCCAUCAUCACGUACUUCCGUUGUUCCUCCCAUUUUCACCAAAGUGAAGGAACCAGUCUGCAAGAAGUCAGGGCCCGCGGGCCACAUGGCGUCUUGGGUCACAAGGCGUUUAGUAACUCUAACGGUUUGCUGGGAACAAACAAAUCAGCCAUAUUUUCUUCAUCAGCCAUAUGAGAACACUCAGAAAAACCUGGACCCCGUCUGCCUCACUUCGCGACGGAACCUCUUUUGUUUAAAUGGUCUCUUAAAUUGGAGUUUUAAGCAUCAGUUGUCGUUUAUUCACUACCUAAUAAAGGAUG